UUGGUACGUAGGCGGAAUUGAAGCAUUUGUGUCAAUAUUUGCAAAUCUAAAAAUGAAAGGUAUAAAAUUGAGCAACUACCCCCGGGAAAAUAUCACUGUCGCAACAGAGCAAUCAAGAUGAAGUUCUUCGCCAUUCUUUUCCUUCUGUGCGCCAUUGCUGGAUUCGCUGCGUCCUCCAGCACGACAACCACGACGGAAGCCUCCUCUUAUGCUUCAACAACUUCGACCGCUCCAUCUCCAGUUCCGUGCGGAAAUGGGCCCCAAGGACCAUGUGGCAAAAAACUAUACUUUUUCUACUAA